AAUGGCUAAUAAGCCUACUUUUUAUCCAAACACCAUAAUAAAAUAAUACAGAAAAAAGGAAGAUUCAAAUUCAAAAAAUGUAAGAAAGAGGCGCUCAAAAAGACACAAAAUGCCUUAAAAUAGAAAGUUUACUCCAAUUAAAUACAGAAAUUGUCACAAUUUGAGAAUUAGAAAGUCACUCCAAAAGUUCCAUCAAUUUCUGAAGGAAGAACUUAUCAAUCAGAAAGGCCUUUCCCUUUCUCUUUCGGUUUCGGUUUCGGGUUCGGAUUGAAAAUGGUGACAACAACAGCAAGCUAUGAGGACAAAAGGAAGCAGAGAUUGGAGGAAAACAAGAAGAGAAUGGAGCAACUUAAUCUCCAUAAACUUGCUCAAGCUCUCAAACCUUCUCCCAGAAAAACCCAUCAUUCUUCCCCUGCUAAGAAAGUGAAGGCAAGAUCAACCGAUUUCGGUGUCUCGUCUGUUCGUCGUUCGUCUCGAACGGCUGAUAAACCUCCUCCAAAUUACAAAGAGUAUGCAAUGGAGCCUAUGUCGGAAGGUAGAAGGAUAUACAAGUACAAAAGAAGGGAUAUUCUGAAUCGAGUUUAUGCCUCGGAUAAGGAUAGGGUUUAUGCUAUUGAGAGAGCUGAAGAACUUGAACAACAAUUAGGCUCGGCAUUUCCUGCCUUUAUCAAACCAAUGCUUCAAUCUCAUGUUACUGGAGGGUUUUGGUUGAGUUUUCCUAUCCCAUUUUGCAAGGUCCACCUUCCAGACGAGGACGAGAUGGUCACUUUAGUUGAUGAAGAUGGUGAUGAAUGGAAGGCCAAGUACCUUGCUAGAAAGAAUGGACUUAGUGGUGGAUGGAGAGGAUUUUCUAUUGAUCAUGAAUUGGUUGAUGGAGAUGCCCUUGUUUUCCAGCUCAUUGAACCAACUACCUUUAAGGUCUACAUCAUUCGGGUGAAUUCCACUGAAGAAGAAGACGAAGAGUAGGAAUAGUGAGGGGAAAGAAAGGCUUCCAAAAAAAAAAAAAAGAGCGGGUAAUUCUUACUCUGAUGAUUGAGAACAAUUGCUUCAUUAAAAGAAAAAAAUCCCCAGAAUGAAGUUUAUUCCAGAUCCUGUCUGGUGGAUUACUUGACGCCGUUCUGGCUUCUAUUUUGAUGGUUUUCCUGUGUUUUCUGAGAACCACAGUUUAUGCUAAUUGCGAGUAAUAAUUGCUUCAUAUGUUACCAUGUUUUAAUCUAAAUGGUCUGACCCUGAGCAGAGAAUAAGUUGAACAAUUAAUCUGGUCCUAAUGCUCACAUUUUACUAUAUCAGCUAACAACUCGAUUAGCCUCCUUAUGUGGUUACAAGUUACAACCUAAGAAUGUGAGCAUUAGGACCAGUCGACCAGAUUGAUUGUUAUGGUUAAAAUGAUAAUAAUUCAUUAGGAGACCCUCCUUAUGUGGCUACAACCUAAGAAUGUAAAAUCAUACUACCACCGUUUCAUAUUAUUUGCAAUGAUUAGACAUUUUUCCUCUCUAUUUUAUGUCAAAUCGUUGCAAAUGAUAUAAAACGUAGGUAGUACUACAUUAAGAUAUACAGUACAAUAUUACAAUACUUGAUUACACUGUAACUUGAAAGAAAGGAGCUAAAUGCCAACAUUAGGGGAUUAGCCUGCUAAUAAAUUUGUAUUGAGGAUAUGCCUAUUUCCUCAAUACAAAUUGCUUCUAGGCCAUUUUGUUGUCUUUAAAGUUUUGUCAUU